AUGAUGGGGACUCCCCGAAUUCCCUGCUUCCACCAGCAAGAAGAAGAAGCGGGUAUGAGACUGCAACAGCAAGCACCCAUUGUACAGGGGAUUCAGAUGCGGAGUUGGGGGAAAUGGGUAUCCGAAAUCAGGGAGCCACGCAAGAAAUCGAGAAUAUGGUUGGGUACUUUCCAGACCCCUAAAAUCGAGAAUAGAGCAGUCUCAGUUCCAAACAUUUGCAGAGACAAAAUCGAGAACGCUCUCAAAAACCCCAAUCACCUCCCUUGUCUCUGGCUUGCUCUUGGUCACGCUCAAAGUAAUCUUCCCCUUCGAUUCCACCGCGUUCUUGACAUUCUCCUUCGCCAGCUCUUCCUCAUCCCCUCUCCCGCCGGGGGCAGCGCCACCGCGUUGUCAUAA